AUGGCCUCCAACGUCGCGAGGUCGGGCAUCACCACCGAUGCCAAAACCGGCGAACGAUACAUUCCCUCCUCAGUCCGUGCUGACGGGUCUAAGCGCAAGGAGAUCCGCGUGCGCCCUGGCUACAAGCCCCCCGAGGAUGUUGAACUCUACAAGAACCGGGCAGCGGCAGCAUGGAAAACCCGAGGGAAAGGCGGGGUGCCGGGUGCGGAAGCAUUGAGCAGCGAAGACGACAAGACCAAGGCCGCACUGAAACCCACAGCCACCGCCUCCACUGCCGCCAGCAACAAGAACGCUAAACGCCGCGAAGCCAAACGGAACGCGAAAGAAACUGACGAAGCCGGUCCCACGGCCGAGGGCAAGGGCGCUGCGUCAAACAACUGGCGUGUCCCCGCACCUACACCCGCACCUACAUUUUCACCUAGGAAGGAAGAGAAGUCCACUGAAGAGCCGGUCGAUGUCGAAGCUGAGAAGGAGAAGAAAGCCCGCAGUCUGAAGAAGAAACUCCGCCAAGCGCGGGAUCUUCGCGACAAGAAGCAGCAGGGAGAGGCUCUACUGCCCGAGCAGUUGGAGAAAGUCAUCAAAAUCCAGGAACUUGUCCGACAGCUGGAUGUGUUGGGCUUUGAUUCAAAUGGUGACAAAAAGAAUGGUGAAAGCAAUGAGAAACCUUUUUAA